UGUCUUGCAGAACUUAGAACAGGAAAUGCAUAUGUUCGUGGCGAAGAAGGGUACCGAAAGAUGAGGAAUCUCAAAGAGCUAAGUAUUCGAGGGAUUGAAUGAAUCAACUCUUAAAGAUGGUGGAGUCAAUGAUGCACACAAGGAUUGCGAUCAUUGAUGAACUUCACAAGCUUAUGUUACAACUAUACCUGACGGCGGACUUUUCUGAAUUCUCGUGCUUCUAUGAUUUUGUUUUCUUCAUGUGCCGAGAAAAUGGUCAAAAGAAUAUUACUGUAAGCAGGGCGGUUGCUGCAUGUAGAUUAGUAUUAGUUGGCAGGUUUCGGUUGCUUAACAGAUGGUUCACAUUUGUGGAGCAUUUGAAAAUGGAUGACGAGUCUCUUGGGCGGUACAUUUGUUCUGUUACUGCAGUAUUAGUUCAAGCUGAAGUCUAUGUUGCUUUGAUUAUUCACUUCGAUUGA